CGUCAUAACGGACAUGCCGAUCCCCCGCUAAUAUACACCAGCCCCAUUGCCAAGCAACCCUCGGCCAGCUCUGUGGAGCAGCCACUGAGACAUCUUCAGUCGGAUGUUGCAGAACCAGGGUCCCGUGGCCGAUCCUAUAAUUAGAGACCCUGCCUCGCCGCCGCAGCACCGGUCUUGCCCGGCUAUAAAACAGUGGCCAUUCCAUUCCUUCAUCAAUCUUUGAUUUAGGACCUACUCUUCUUCAUCUUUCCAGAUUCAAGAAAAUUAUCAUACAAUGAAGUUCACCGAUGCCGUUGUUGCCUCGCUGCUCGCCACCAGCGCUGCUGCUUUCGACAAGUACCAACCAUGGGGUAAACGCGACUACGCCUGCGUCAACGUCUACCAAGGCAUCCCCGACAACUCUACCGUAACAGCCGGACAAACCGUCCACCUCCGUUUCAACCGUGCCCCAACAACGCACUGCACAGACCCGCUGGCAAAGUACCCCGGCAGCAACUACACCGUCUUCCUGUACAACAACCCCGUGCGUAACCUGGACGCCAUCCACUUUGACGCGCAGAUCAAGAUUGCUGGCGAUAUCCCCGAGUCUGCCGGUAAGGUGGAUGUUAAGAUCCCGAAGAACCUACCCAAGGUCAAGGAUGGCUCGGUUUGGUAUUUGAGAUUGGACACUACGUUGGUGACGGCUCCUCAGAUGCCUUCUCUGUACAACGCUGCCGGACCGUUCACGAUUACCUCGGCUUAGUAUAGAUUGACUUGGCUAGAGAUUUGCAAGGGCAGGACCGAGAAUUAUAAUCUUGACCAGAGUGUUGACCGCUGGAAGCUAUUCUUGUUCAGCUUAUAUUAUUUGUAGCAUUGAUGUAUAUAGCGGGAUCUCCCAUCAAAUUCAAUAUUUUUUCUUGAAUGAUUGCCGUAUGACAAGACUUAUAGUCUCACAGCUGGCUAGUAGACUUGGGAAUACCAGCAAUACACUCAAUCUCAACAUCGGUACCCAGCGGCAAGGAUGCCACACAGACACACGUGCGUGC